AUGGUCGCAGCGCUUAUCCUAGGGCUGUACCUGGCGUAUGCUACAAUCGUGGCCUAUCAAAGAUUGUCGCAGUUCCCCGGCCCGGUUUGGGCGCGAUUCACCAAUCUACCGCGAGUAAGAUGGCUGCAAACCGGCCGUUCGCACGACAUUCAUAUGGAUCUUCAUGAAAAAUACGGCACAUUUGUUCGCCUGGGUCCGAACAUGAUAUCCAUCUCGGAUCCCAACGCCCUCCCCACGGUGUAUCCAAGCAGGCCUGGUGUCAAGAAGGGAAACUUCUACCGAGCCCUGACGCCAUUCGUUGGCAAGGGGGAUCCUUUGCCUCUCGUCUUUAACACCCGAGACGAAGCCUUUCACCGCGUUUUCCGAAGGCCGAUCGCCCCGUUGUAUACGAUGGCCAAUGUUUUGACCUACGAUUCCACCGUUGAUCGAGUCCUUGAUCUUCUCAUCACACAAAUACCCUGGGCGGACUUUCUCUGGAACAAGAAUCCCAUUGUGGCUCGCCUCAUGCCUACCACUGCGCAGCCCAUUAUGGACGUGGUAAUGACCAGAAUCCACCAACGUCAGCAGGAGGUCGAAAAGGGCGGAAUGGAGGGCCAGCCCAAGACCACCAAAGACUUCCUCUCGCAGUUCAAGGAAGCCCGCGAUCGGGCCGUGACCGCCUGGACAUUCUCGAAUGUCUUGGCGGGUUCCGAUACGACUGCGGUGGCAAUGAGAACCCUCUGGUACAACCUCCUCACCCACCCGAGCUCGAUGGCAAGUCUGCAGGCUGAGCUUGAAUUCCAAGAAGGCGCUGGUAGAAUGUCGCGGCCACAUCCACCGUGGAGCGUGAUUACCGAUUUACCUUACCUGGACGCCUGUUUGAAGGAAGCCCUGCGCUUGCACCCCCCGUUCUGUCUGCCGUUCGAGCGGAUCGUUCCUGAAACAGGCAUGACUGUCUCCGGCCGCUAUCUCCCUCCCGGAACGACUGUUGGUAUGAACCCAUGGGUGAUCAAUCGGAAUAGAGAGGUGUUUGGUGAGGAUGCCGACAUGUGGCGGCCAGAGAGGUGGCUGUCUGAUGCUCACAGUCACACCAUCAUGGAAAAGACUAUGCUCAGUUUCGGAGCAGGACGACGUAUGUGCCUGGGUAAAAAUAUAGCCAUCUUCGAGAUCAAAAAGUUGACUGCCACACUCCUACUCAAGUACCAUGUUCGAAUCCAGCACCCGGAGCAUUUCAAGACGGAGAAUUAUUUUUUCUUCCACCAGACUGGUCUGAUGGCAACGAUUGAGAGGCGGUUUUAG